AUGCUAUGCAAGCUUGGAUUGAUUUUGUUGUUGUCAAUUGGAAAUUUGGAUUGUGAGGAGGAAAGAGCGAAGCCAUCGCUGGGACUGUCGUAUCGGUCAAAAAGUAAGAGAUUUAUGUAUAAAAAAAUGAGAGUUGGAAAAAUUUGCUAUUGCUGAACGAAAAGAUCUCCUACAAAUUUGGCAUAUUUUCGCUAGCGUAGUACUUUAUUUUUCACACCAAAACCUCCUAUCAUAUAAAAAAAUAGGGCAGUAAAAACCAUCUUUUCCAGCUGGUGGAAUAAUCUCCUUCCUCAACUUGAAAGCCCAUUUCUCAUCGCCCGACACUGUCUCCGACGAGGAUGAUCAAGUCGAGGACACCGAUUUCUAUGACUAUGACAAAUCUCAGACUCAAUUUCGGGACGUGAAGGAAAAAAGUAAGUCAUCUGGGUUUAUGUACUGUAUAACACCAGCCUUACUAGGCGUUAAUAAGAGAAAGGUCCAAUAUGCGAAUCGCAUUGUCAGUUUUUUUUUAACCUUUGAAGACACGUUGGGAAUAGACCACACAUCAAUUUUAUAAAACUUUAGCUUGCGGUUUACAGGGGAAGCCGAAAUCUUCGAUGAUCUUUCCGGCCGAGAGAAUACGCAAAACGCGGAGUACGGCCAGAAAACUUUUCGGUCUCAUUCUUGAAAGUUCGCGUAAAAAAUAGGCUUUUUUGCGGGACAUUGCCAGAUAUAAGCAUGAAAUUUUUCAUGCCAAGACCACCCCAUUUCCGCCAACUUUUGACCUAAAAAUAUCUGUUAAUUCCUACAAACCGAAUGUCCAUAAUCUCUGAUAUGCAUUGGAAAAAAUUGUUACGCCAAAACUGUGCUAACAAGUAGGUUUCAUUAAAAUCUGCGCUCUGCAUUUUGAGCCCUUUCUCUGCAAAUUACAUACAUCGAUUACUUACCAACUCCACAAGAAACACUAGGAAUGCAGUCCAACUCCACGCUCGCAACAGAUAGAUUUUGUCGUCGUCCACAAAAUUCGAAUAGUUUCCGGAAGAUUUGCGACAUUUCUAUGUCAAAUUAAAAAGGACCGCGGCCGAAAUUAAUGCAUGAAAGAAAUCUAGCUUAUCCGAUUUAUUUUUUAUCCUUUAUAUUCAUCAGGAUAAUUGAAUUAAACGGGAGAAAAAAACCAGUGGAAAAGGGCAGAAUAUUUGCACUUAUUAUGUAUACAGUAGAGGGUAUGUUUUUCGCUUGAUAAUAUGAGAAAUUAUUUUUGAUAGAAGGCUUAUAAUCUUUGUAGAAAACUCUGUUUUUUACCGCAACCCUGUCUCAUUUCUCUCCAGACAAACUAAAAUACAAAGUGAAUGCUGUGAUGAAGCAGUUUCGAAAAGCCAACGACCAUGGUGAUCUCGAGGAUGAUGACGAUGAUCAUAUUUACGAUCAAUUUGAUGCCGAGUUGGAUGAGGAAAUGGAAGAGGAAGAUCAAGAAGACAGUGAGGAUAUUACUGACGAGAUUUUAAGCGAGAAAAAUGAGGAAAGAGUAGACAAUAAUGAAGAAGAUAGGGUAGAAAAAAAGAAAGAAAAAAAGAAGAAAACAAAGACAAAGAAACCAAAGAAAACUAAUGGGAAAAAGAAGGAUAAGAUGAAGCUACAAAACAAAACAAAUAUUGAGAAUAUUCACUACACCACUAGUAAGUCCAAAACCAUUUUUGAUGAUUUUACAAAUCCAUUUUUUGCAAAGUUUUCCUCGCCUUUCUUUUCUAGCAAUUUUGCCAACAAUUGAAGUAGAAAAUGCGACCUCAAAUGCCACCUUAUUGGAGGACUUGGCGGCAGAAGAAGAGAAGUUCGUGUCUACAAGUACAGUUGAUCCGGAAGACGACCGAAUCAUGAGCUUCUUUGGGAUCCUUUUUGAGGAUUCGGAGGAAGAUGAGGAGGCCGAUGCGGGUAAGCAGCCUUGUACUUUUUUCAGAACCUUUUCGCAGUAGAAAGUAUAAUAUUAUCCCAAAUUUAUAGUUGUUAUUACAGUUAUUAGUAGAUAAAUAACUGUAAUACCUAUACAUCAUACGGUGUCAAAACUUAAUUUCAGGUAAUGUAACCGUAGUCAAGGACAAUUGGGUUUUAACUGCCCGAGAGAUCCUCCACACGGACUCAUUGGGUCGGUCGGAGGAAGAGCUCCGAGGAUUGUUGAGUGAUCCGGAGAAACUGGAGCAAACUUUCGGUCAAGCUCAUCGAGAUCAUGGCGCCAGUUACUUGCUGCCUAUUUUGAAGACUGUCCAAUAUGACAACAACAGUGUACCAGUGGUGUUUCCAGGUAAAGGGAAAAUUUUUUAGUCAUCAAAAAAACUUCUUCAUUUUUUUGAAAUUUUGUAUGGGUACCCCAAAUGAAAGUUACAAGACUUGUCUACCAAAUUGAACAAUAAAAUUUUGUCACCUAAAAAAAUCAAAAAAAAAAUGUUAUUUUUGAAAACAGGAUUUUUUAUAAAAAAUUGCGUUUUCUCUUCCGAAACUCUUUAUAAACCAAGAAAAAUCUUCCAGACAUCCCAGUUCACGUUCGCAUCGCCCUAAAUGUCAUUCAUUUGGGGAAUUUCGACAGUCAGAAUAUGGAAUAUUCCAUUGACCUAGAGAUGCAUAUGAGCUGGUACGAUGUGCGUUUGGCGAACAAUUAUUCGAAGCCAAUCCGAAUCCGAGAAAAGGAGAUUCUGGAUCUGGUGUGGCGUCCCGACCCCUACUUUGUCAACUCCAAAUUCAGUUAUUUCCAUGUGGUUUCGUUCCCCAAUUUCCGAAUGCGCGUCAUGCCAAGCGGAUUGGUCUUCUACACACUGCGCGCCACCCUGCUUCCGGUUUGUUUGAUGACUUUUUGUCGACAUCCCCACGACCAUCAACAAUGUGAUUUGAAGAUUAGCUCAAGUAGGGAUUACUGUAACUUUUUGGAAGAUUUUUAGUCGCCUAUCCGAAGUCGUUCGUCAGCUUCUCUUGGCACACAAAUGCCGUGGAAUACAACAGCAAAGUGACGUUGCCGGAAUUGAGGAUCAAAGGGCUCUUCGCGGAGACUUGUAAAGUGGAGGGGAAAUUGGGUGAGUUUGCCGACAACUUAUCAUUUUUAUUUUUAGGAGAUUACAUGCUCUUAUUUUGAUGAGAUUGGGCAAGACUUUUGACUAAAAUUUUCGAAGAAAAAUACAGUGGCGGACCUGAUCCAGUGGGAAAAAACGUUCCAUUUUACACUCGGAAAGUAUCAAAAAUGUACCAAAAUACCUCCCUCUCCAAGUGAAAAAAACUCCAAUUCAAAAGCGCGCCCGUUCUUUUUUUGAGGGGCGCGCUCUUCAAACCGGUUUUUAGUUAGAGAGGGAGGUAGUUUGCCACAUUUUUGAUACUUCCCGGAUGCAAAACGGUACAUUUUUUGCCACUGGAUCAGGUCCGGCAAGUAGGUGUGCUUGAAUUUGGAAAAAAAUUGAGAUUUUUAAUCCGAGGACGGAAAAAAUGCUAUUUUUUGCGGUUUAUUUUUCGCAUCCCUUUUUCCAACCAGCCAAUUACCAUCUGCUGAAAAUUCUUAUCCCUUCCUAUAGAAGAAAAGCCGAGAUUUCCGACGCCCCUUUUUGAAAGAGACUGCAAGAAAGCAAAAAGUUGAAAUGUUUGCCCAAAAACCCCAGAAAUCGCAACAAUUUUCAGUCUCUUCCUCUUGCCUCCGACUCAAGAUCAAUCUCGAACGGGAUGGCGCCCGAUAUAUUGUCGAGAAAUACAUCCCCAGUACUCUGGCUAUGAUGUUCGCGUGGGUAGCGCCUUAUGUCCCCUACAACUACGAAGAUGUCCGCAUUAUCACUCCGAUUACUGUGCUUUUAACACUAGUUCAAAUGGAAAAAGGAGAUACGGAUAUUCACACAUCGUAUCUGACUUCUAUGGACAUUUGGUUCGCCGCGAUGAAAACUUUCAGCGUUCUUUCGCUGGUCGAAAGUUUGGCUGUGUUGGCGCUGAUCAAGCAAAGUCGAGGAAUGGUCAGUUUUUGGAGUAUUUUUAGAUCAAAUUGAAAUGGAAAGCCCUCUAAAUGAAAGUUUAUGAAUCCCUUCAGAUUUGACAAAAUUCUUUUCACGAGCCACACAUUAAUUUUCGAAUAUUUUACGUCUCCUUUAGCCGGGGUAGCUGAGAUUUUCAGCAAAUUUUUACAUAAAAAUUUCUUCGAAAAAUCCUGUGUCAGCUUGUCCCAAGACUCCUCAUAAUUGAAUCUGCACAUCCUGCGUUCUUCUUAUGUUAAUAACAGUCUCAAAAUUUCAGGAAAAAGAGAUGAUCCGCGCCCCAAAUGAAUACGAAAGAGAAAAAUUCAAGAUCCAAAAGCGGCGAUUAACUCAAUUGUAUCAUCGACUCGACGCUACCUCCCGAUUCUUGUCGCCAAUCGCAUUUAUCUUCUUCUUCGUGUAUUACGUGCUCUACGUAACCCAACGGGACGAAAAGACAUGCCUAGGACAAUCAAUUUUUGAUCUACCAUAA